UGCAUCGUCCUAAUCAGUCAUCACAAUAUAGACGUAUUAUUUGUUGAUGCAACCCAAUGAAACGCACUCUGGCUGGUCCCCUUCCUGUGGUCGUGACGUGCCCUCAGAGUCUGCGCCGCUGAUUUCCGUCCGCACUGAACACCAGACUCGAAGAAGCGCAGCGUACACUUCGUUCCGGCCGCCGGGAAACCCGCACAGACACACUCGCCUUUACCCAGACUGAAGGGACGGGGCUACGAUGAGAUAAACAUCACAGGAAGAUGUUUGUAGCCCACACAAGGGGAGAAGGGAGCUAUCCUGUCGUGAAAAAUAGGUAACCAAGAGGUGUGCCGCCAACAUGGAUCAACAGGCACUUUUGGGGCUGAACCCCAAUGCGGAUGCCAACUUCAGGCAGAGGGCUUUGGCUUACUUUGAACAGCUGAAAGUUUCUCAAGAUGCCUGGCACGUUUGUGCAGAAGCCUUGGCUAAAGGCAUAUACAGCGACGACCAUGUUAAGUUUUUCUGCUUUCAGGUUUUGGAGCAUCAGAUUAAAUUCAGAUACGCCAUGCUGACAGCAGUCCAACAGCAGCUGGUCAGAGAGACUCUGAUGACUUGGCUUCAGUCUCAGCUCAUGAAUGCCCAACCUGAAAAAACCUUCAUUCGCAACAAAGCCGCCCAGGUUUUCGCCUUGAUGUUUGUGAUGGAGUAUCUCACCAAAUGGCCCAAGUUCUUCUUCGAUAUCCUGACUGUGGUUGGGCUGAACCCGCGUGGAGUGGACCUCUACCUGAGAACGCUAAUGGCCAUCGAUGCUGAAGUCGUGGAUCGAGACAUUGUCCAUACGGGAGAGACGUGUUCUCUUUACCUUCAGGAGACGCGUAGAAACACUUUAAUCAAAGACACUAUGAGGGAGCAGUGCAUUCCCAGCCUGGUGGAGUCCUGGUAUGAGAUCCUGCACACCUACCAGCACAGCAACUCGGAGCUUACCUGUCAGUGCCUGGAGGUAGUGGGGGCCUUCGUCUCCUGGAUCGACCUCAGUCUCAUCGCCAAUGACAGGUUUGUGAACAUGCUGCUGGGUCACAUGUCAGUGGAGGUGCUGCGGGAGGAGGCCUGUGACUGCCUGUUUGAGAUUGUCAACAAAGGGAUGGACCCCAUCGACAAAACCAAGCUGGUAGAGUCGCUGUGUCAGGUGCUGCAAGCAGCCGGCCUCUUCAGCAUUCAACAGGAGGAAGACGUGGAUUUCCUGGCCCGGUUUUCCAAGCUGGUGAACGGGAUGGGCCAGUCUCUGAUAAUCAGCUGGAGCAGGCUGGUGAAGGUGUCGGAUAUGAAGGGUGCGCAGGACACCCUGCAGGCCAUCGAGUCCAAGGGGCCUCUGAUGCUGCAGCUGCUAGUGCACGAGGAUGAUGACAUCUCCUCCAACAUCAUCGGCUUCUGUUACGACUACCUGCACAUCCUGAAACAGCUUCCGAUGCUGACAGACCAACAGAAAAGCAACGUUGAGGCAAUCAUGUUGGCCGUCAUGAAAAAACUGACUUACGACGACGAAUACAAUUUUGAAAGCGAGUGGCGUUGCUUUACAGUAGUGAAUGAUGUUUGCUGUGUCUACCAGGGGGAAGAUGAGGCGAUGUUUGUGGAGUACAGGAAGCAGUUGAAAUUGCUGCUGGAUCGACUGGCACAGGUCUCUCCAGAGCUUUUAUUAGAGGCUGUCCGCAGAGUGUUCAACACAGCAAUACAGAGCUGGCAGUGCACUGCGUUUAUGGAGGUGGAGGUAGCGAUCCGGCUGCUCUACAUGCUUGGGGAGGCUCUCCCUGCCUCGCAUGGGGCUCACUUCUGUGGGGACGUCGCCAAGGCCAGCGCCCUGCAGGACAUGAUGAGAACGCUGGUAACCUCGGGUGUCAGCGAGUACCGGCACGCAUCCGUGGUGCUGGAAUUCUUUGAAACGGUGGUGCGAUACGACAAGUUCUUCACUGUGGAGCCUCAGCACAUUCCACAUGUUUUGAUGGCAUUUCUAGAUCACCGGGGCUUGCGACACAGCAGCCCCAAAGUACGAAGCCGGACGUCAUAUCUGUUCUCCAGAUUUGUCAAGACAUUGCACAAACACAUGAGUGCCUUCAUAGAGGAUAUCCUGAGCAGAAUCCAGGACCUGCUGGAGUUGUCUCCUCCUGAGAACGGUUUCCAGGCCUUGCUGUCCAACGACGACCAGCUGUUUAUUUUUGAAGCGGCCGGGGUGCUGAUCGUCAACAGCGAGUACACUGCGGAGCGGAAGCAGGCCCUGAUGAAGAACCUGCUCACCCCGCUGAUGGAGAAGUUCACAAUCUUACUGGACAAGCUGCCCAUGGAGCAGGACGAAGGGAGGCAGGCCGCGCUGGCAGACUGUCUAAACCACGCGGUGGGCUUCGCCAGUCGAACCAGCAAGGCGUUCAGCAACAAGCAGACCGUGAAGCAGUGCGGCUGCUCAGAGGUGUACCGCGACUGCCUGCAGACCUUCCUGCCGGCUCUCAGCUGCCCCGUGCAGAAGGAGGUCCUGAGGAGCGGGGUGCGCACCUUCCUGCACAGGAUGAUCAUCUGCCUGGAGGAGGAGGUGCUGCCCUUCAUCCCCUCCGCCUCCGAGCACAUGCUCAAAGACUGCGAGGCCAAGGAUCUGCAGGAGUUCAUACCGCUCCUCAACCAGAUCACAGCCAAGUUCAAGGCCCAGGUGUCCCCUUUCCUGCAGCAGGUCUUCAUGCCUCUGGUUCAGGCGAUCUUCGAGGUGCUGGCCCGACCCGCCGAGGAGAACGAUCAGAACGCCGCUCUGGAGAAGCAGAUGCUGCGGAGGAGCUACUUCGCCUUCCUGCAGACGGUCGCUGGCAGCGGCAUGAGUGAGAUCAUCGGCAACCAGGGGGUAGAGAACGUGGAAAGGGUUUUGUUCACCGUCAUCCAAGGAGCUGUUGACUUCCCCGAUCCUAUUGCUCAGAAAACCUGCUUCAUCAUCCUUUCCAAACUGGUUGAGCUUUGGGGUGGGAAGGAUGGACUGGUCGGUUUUGCAGAUUUCAUCUACAAACACAUGGUGCCAGCUUGCUUCCUGGCACCGCUGAAGCCCACGUUCGAUUUGGCUGAUGCUCAGACUGUCCUGGCUUUGUCGGAGUGUGCAGUGACUUUGAAAACUAUUCAUCUCAAAAGGGGACCAGAAUGUAUUCAGUACCUUCAGCAAGAAUACCUGCCUUCACUGCAAGUAUCUCCUGAGAUCAUCCAGGAAUUUUGUCAAGCACUUCAGCAACCGGAUUUAAAAGUUUUUAAGAAUUACCUAAAGAUAUUCUUUCAACGAGCGAAACCCUAAACUAGACUGUGCUGGGAUCUGGACUCUGAAUGAAGACCCUAAACUGGACUAUGCCGGGAUCUGGACUCUGUGAAUGAAGACCCUAAACUGGACUGUGCUGGGAUCUGGACCCUGCCAAUGAAGACUGCAGAGAUGUUGCUGGCUCCGAGGUUUAUUAGUGGAAAUGCUUCGCGCUUAUGGAAUUGCAUAAUCAAGCCCAUAGUUUCUGUUUAAACGUCAGUACGGUGCAGAUAAACACAGACUGCUUUCUGGGAGACUCAAUCCUGGCCAGCUGCAGCUGAGCAACCCCUGCCACUCAUUACCUUGUAUAUUCAUUCUAAAGAGCAGCUGUAAGGAACAUAGAGGAUUCAGCUUAAUGCAAGCAGAGAAUGGCUGUAAAUGUUAAAUAAAUAAAAAAAAAAACAGCGGAGGUGGAAUGACUAAACUCUGCUAAAAACAUGUAAAUUAAAAAUAAAUUCAAAGGAGCGAUAUGUGUAGAUUUGAACUAAAGCACAGCUGAGUAUUGCUGUUAAAGAAAAUAAAUGCAGAUUUUACGUAGUGAAGAUUUUCAAAAUCAUUGUCUCACAGCUGAAGAUGACUUGCAGGUGAAUUGUAAGUACACGCGGCUGUUCUGCCUUGCUUGCGUACAGGAAGGAGCUGGUAUUCUGCCCUUUAGGUAACAUGCAUGCCCUUAAGCACCAGGUAUACUGGCUCUGGGGUAAGAAGAGCUAAAUCUGUUUGUUCUCGAUGCCACAAACACAACGGAGAUCAGCUAUGAGGGGACUGUCCAGGUUAAAGGAAGCAUAAAAGUGUCAAGUGAUUUCUAUUCAUUUCGAAUGACGUUUCUUUUUUUUGUUUAUGUUUAUAAAGUUUCCCUGGGUUUUGAAGUACUCUGGAAACAGCCUAGGAAAAAGACCGGAAUACUGCUAUGGGUUUUAUUUUCUGUUUUUUAGUUUCUUUUAUCGUUUAGAAUCUGCAAAUAAACACUUUUAAACAAGUGAA